AUAUGUGUCGAUUAACACUAAUUAUUUGACACUUCAGUUUUAUGCUCGCUGUGGAACUGGUUCCAGCUGAACAUUAACUAAUCUCUGAAAUUAAUCAAUGCAGCCAACUUCACUAAAUAGAUCCGUUAGUUUACAUUUGCUCCCCAGUGAAAAAGAACUUAAGCGAAAAAGAAAAAAGAGGUUACAAAUUCAAAAUGUGUGAUUACGUACGUGAAUACUCUUUCUGCUUUGAUGACACAUUCAACGAUGAUGACAUCAGCAGCUCCCAGUGGGAUUGUGGAUUUGAGAAUAUGUGGGAGCAGAUUGGCGAGGAGCUGAGACAGGAGCGAGAAAACAACAUGUUCAUGCAAUGCUUUCAGGAGAAACUAAUAUUGCACAACAAUUAUUGCAUGGACUCUCAAUAAUUAUAAUAAAAUUUGUUAUUGUAUAUAUUUUCCAUUUCGUUAACUGCAUUUUUGAAAAAUGUUUCGUUAAUGAUAAUCAUGUUUUUAGAGAACGCUCGGUUAUUAUUAGUUAUUUAAUAGAUAUACUCGCAAUUGGACAGUAUAUUUGUAUUUACAAAUUACGCGUAUUUCUUAAAUGUUCCCGUUAGUCAACUAUUGUAUUUGUAUUCAUUGUAUGCAUUAACAUAUUUGACCAACCAAUUUUCGGCGUACUUCCGAAAAUAUUCGAUGGAAUUUGUACAUCGCAACACUGUCAUUUGCAUAGUAUCACGUUUAUAUUAUUCUAUAUUUAUUAUUUAUGUAAUUUCGAUGUAUUAUUGUAACUAUAAGCUAUCACUGCAUUUAAAUCACAAAACGUUGUAAAAACAUUCAAAUACAAUGCGAUAUCGAAAUACCUCAAA